AUGGACCCGCCGCAGGCCGACCAUAGCGAUGAGCUAUCCUCGCCGGCCAACAGCCUCCAGGAUGACCCGCCCGUCAUCGUGGGCAUGGCCUGCCGCCUGCCCGGCGACAUCACCUCGCCCUCCAGGCUCUGGGACUUCAUGGUCGAGCAAAAGUCGGCGCAGGGCCCCGUCCCGGCCCAGCGCUACAACAUCGACGGCUUCUACCACCCGGACGGCGGCAACCGCAGCGGCAUGACCAACGUCCCCGGCGGCUACUUUCUGAACGAGGACAUACGGUCCUUCGACAACGGCUUCUUCGGCAUCAGCAACCUCGAGGCCACCUACAUGGACCCGCAGCAGCGCAAGCUGCUCGAGAUCGUCUACGAGUGUCUCGAAGGCGCCGGCGUGUCGAUGGAGAGCCUGUCGGGGUCUAACACGGGCGUGUUCCUCGCCAACUUCUCCGUCGACUACCAGCCCAUGAUGUUCCGCGAUCCGGACUACGUCCACCGAUACGUCGCCAGCGGCUCGGGGGCCACCAUCAUGUCCAAUCGGAUCAGUCACAUUUUCAACCUCCACGGGCCUAGCUCCACGAUAGAUACGGCGUGCUCAUCGUCCAUAUAUGCCCUCCAUCAAGCCGUGAACGCUAUGAAGACGAACGACUGCGAUAGCGUCAUUGUUGCCAGCUCCAACUUGAUCAUGUCCCCUGAGGCCCACGUCGCCGCGGCCAAGAGCGGUGUGCUGUCGCCAACGGGCACAUGUCAUACCUUCGACGUGUCGGCCGACGGAUACGGCCGUGCAGAGGGUGUCAGUGCGAUCUAUGUGAAGCGCCUUUCUGCCGCGCUCAGGGAUGGUAACCCCAUUCGAGCGGUCAUUCGCGGCAGUGCCGUGGGUGCGAGCGGCAAAACGGCCGGUAUCUCACUACCUAGUGGCAAGCAGCAAGAAAUCGUGAUGCGCAAGGCCUACGACGCUUCUGGUCUUGACUUUGCCGGGACGGAUUACGUCGAAUGCCACGGUACUGGCACUCCAGUCGGAGACCCCAUUGAGGUGGACGCUGUCGGCAGAGCCUUCUCACCCCGUGGAGGGUCGGCACUUCUCAUCGGAUCGGUGAAAACCAACGUAGGUCACAGUGAGGGAGCUAGCGGUCUCACGUCCGUGCUCAAAGUGGUGAAAUCUUUCGAGAACGGCCUGAUUCCGCCAUCUCGGGGCGUAGCCAAGUUGAACCCCAAGCUUAUCCUAGACGAACGCAACAUCAAAGUAGCCACAAAAGUCGAGCAGUGGCCCCGCGCCCUGCGUCGUGCCAGCAUCAACUCGUUCGGUUACGGUGGCGCAAACGCCCACAUCAUCCUUGAGGCCAUCGAGAGCUAUCUGGGCCAGUCCCAAAUCUACCAGGACCCUACGCCCGCCAGCCCGAGUGGAGAUAACGACCUACAGCAGCUCGUCGUGCUGCCCGUCUCCGCUGCCUCGCCUAAGUCGCUCGAGGCGCGGCUCGAGCAUCUCUCCAGAUACGUCUCGCAGGGCCAGCUUGGCAACAACACGAACGCGCUACAGAGCUUGGCUCAUACGCUCACCAAGGGCCGGGAUCACUUGCGGCACCGCGGCUUCCUGCUGGCCCGACAGGCGGCCAGCGGGAGUGUCGAGAUCGCAAACACCGACGGCAAGGCAGACGCCGAGAAGAGCAGGUCGGCAAGUUCGCUACCUUUCAGCUUCGUCUUCACCGGUCAAGGCGCACAGUACUCCGGUAUGGCCAAGGAGCUGCUGUUUCAGAGCCAGCGCUUCCGAAACACCGUCCGUAAGCUCGAUGCUGUGCUUAAAGCCCUUCCUGUUCCCUAUGCCCCGUCCUGGACCCUGGAGCAGACGCUCCUCGACAACCAGGGCACCAGCCACAUCAACGAAGUAACGCGCAGCCAGCCGAUUUGCACCGCGGUACAGAUAGGGCUCGUCGACCUGUUACGGUCCUGGGGAGUGCAGCCCGCGUCUGUGGUGGGUCACUCUUCGGGAGAAAUCGCAGCUGCGUACGCAGCCGGCCUGCUCAACUUUAAGCAAGCAAUCCUGGUGGCUUACUACCGUGGCUAUGCAGUUGAUGAGCUGCGCAGCAAGGGCGCCAUGAUGGCAGCGGGAGUGAGUGCCGAGACGGCCAAGUCCCUUAUCGAGAGUAAGGGCCUUGAUGCGGACGUUCGUGUGGCCUGUAUCAACGCCCCGGAGGGCGUGACCCUGAGUGGCACUCCGGACGGCAUCGACAAGCUGAAAGGUGAGUUUGAGAGCCACAGCAAGUUCGUGCGGAAGCUGGAGACCGGCGGGCGCGCUUACCACUCUCACAUGAUGGAGGGGAUAGGAGGGCGCUAUGAGAAGCUCCUCGUACCUCUAUUCGGCGAGCCGCUUACUUCUCAGUCAUCCGACGAAGUUUCGAUGUACUCCUCCGUGGGCCGCAGCCCCGAGAAUCUGAAACUUCUCGACAAGCACGAGAACAUGGCGGCGUACUGGCGCCACAACCUGGAGCAGCCCGUCCAGUUCAACGCAGCGCUGACCAACUUGGUAAAGGCUGCGGACGGCAAAGUCCACCUCAUAGAGAUAGGACCCCACGCCGCGCUCAAGGGGCCUAUCCAGCAGAUUCAAAAGGCCAUCGGCCUGAAGGACUCCGCGCCCUAUAGCUCGACACUGGUUAGGAACCAGGACGCAGACACGUGCAUUAAGACACUCGCCGGGACACUCUUCACCUACAGCCACACGCUGAACUGGACCGGCGUCGACGGACUCCCUGAGUCCGGACUUAAGACCAUCCACGAUCUCCCGUCCUACCAGUGGGAUUACUCGAACGGCCUGCUGUGGAACGAGCCGCGCCCGAGUGUCGAGAUGCGCAAUCGCAAGUACGUCCGGCAUGAGUUGCUUGGCACCAUCGCGCUUACCGGCAACGGCAUAGACCACACGUGGCGCAACAUAGUGAAGCCCAGCGAGAUGCCGUGGAUCAAGGAUCACAAGCUCGAAGACCAGGUCGUCUUUCCGGCCACGGGCUAUAUGGCGCUGGCCAUAGAGGCCGUCUCGCAGGUCACGGGCGCCAAGACCAAGAAUCUUUCGGAGCUCGGCUUCGAGUUCCGCAACGUUCAGGUCAGCGCUGCCUUCAUCAUCCCGGAUGAGAAUGACGCGGCGGCCAAGGACCUCGAGCUGCACACCACUAUGUCGCUGCGCAAGAUCUCGAACGCACGCACGUCAGUCGACUGGCACGACUUUUCCGUCUCCUCGUGGAAGGCCGGUCAGACCACUCUACACUGUGCCGGGAGCGUUCGCGUGACCGAGCCCGUGGCCAAAACAGACAGCAAGAGCGUCACGAUCCAGGAUGCCGAAGGCUUCGACGUCGGUCCCUCAGACCGCUGGUACAAGAAGUGGCAUAAGGAAGGACUAUGCUUCGGUCCCCAGUUCCAGUCGCUGACCAGCUCACGGACAGACGGCGGACGAUCGCGCAACGAGGUCAUCGCAACCGUCGCGUUGCAGCCCCCCAACGUCGACUCCACCACCCACUACCCCGUCCAUCCCAUCACCAUCGACGCGUGCCUGCAGGCCGCCAUCUGGAGUACUGCAGCCGGGCAUCUGCCGGCGCUGAAGGCCUGGCUUCCCGUCUUCAUCUCCGAGGCUAGAAUUCAGUCAGUACAGCAGCAGGAAGAGGCCGAGGUCCAUGCGCGGUCACAGGUGACCGGCUUUUCCAGUAGGACCAUGGACGCCACGAUCCGCAACGGGCGAGGCGCGCCCGUCGUCGACAUCCGCGGGGCGCGGAUCGCACUAUUCAGCGGCAAGAGCCAAAUGGCAAACGAGGCGGACGCGGGCGGUCAGUCUGACCUAUACCUGCAGCGCCAGCCUACACUGCGCGUCAACUGGAAGCCCGACGUCCUGAGGCUAUCCCCCGAGACGGAGCAGCCGCUGCGCGACUACAUUGCUGAUUUCGUCAGCCAGCAGCACCCGGACAUCCGCGACGACGAGAGCCUGGCCGUGAUCGGCGGCCUCGUCGACCUCGCCGGGCACAAGAACCCGCGCAUGCGCGUCCUCGAGCUCGGCGGCGACUGCCACGGCUACAAGGCUCACCAGUGGAAGGGCAUCCUUGACGGCGAGACAGCCUUUUCGCGGUGCCGAUCGUGGGACACGGCCGAGCUGGGCGAGGACGGUGAGCCCUUGGUUGAAAAUGGUGGCGAAGCGUUCGAUGUCCUCCUGAUUCCUAAGCACGCCACCUCGAAGCAGAUCUGGACGCAGGCGCCGCCUGAACGCAUCGCCUCUCUCGUCUCCGACCACGGUAUCGUCAUCACUCGAAAAUCGGAAGCCGCCAAGGAUGUCCUGGAGACGGUGGGAUUAGACGUGCUCGACGUCGGAAAGCAGGUCCUCCUGGCUGUGCGCCCGGUGCAGACAGAGAGUCUCAAGGGCCGCAAGGCUAUCAUCGUGCACAACGAGAAGCCGUCCCCGGCCGUCACCAGCUUCGCAAACACGCUGACAACAUAUCUCCAGAAGCGAGCCGGCGUAUCCCAGGAGAGCAUCAUCACAAUCAGCCAGAUUGGCACUGGCAACCUCGAUAUCCACGAAAAGGACAUCUGCAUAUCGCUACUGGAGAUGGAGCGCGAGUUCCUCGCCACCAUCAGUCCGCAGAACAUGGACCGUCUACGCACCAUAACCGACAAGGCGAAUGAUCUGGUCUGGCUCACGGGCGCCAACAUGCUCGGCGCGCACCCUGACGCCAACCUGACGCUCUCCAACGGCCUCUCGCGCGCCCUCAUGCUGGAGCAGCCAACGCUACGAUACUCGAUCUUAGACGUCGGGCCCGCCCAGUUCCUCGGCUCCAACGUGCUCGCCACUUGCGCCAAUGUAGUCAAGGUUUUGGUCGCCAGGUACGACAAGGACGACUGCGAAUUCAUCGAUGCCAACAGUCUCCUCUACAUCAGUAGAUACGGCCCCGACUUCAGCGUCAACUCCCUAUUCCGGCGCCGCCUCGAGCCUCAGGCCGCCAUGGAGAAACAAACGAUCGAGUCCGCCAGCCCGGCCCGGCUCGCCAUCGGCCAACUCGGUGUCACGGACACGCUGCACUUCCAGCAGCUGUCGGGGCCUGAGCAGUUCGGCAACCCGCCUGCGGGCCACGUCGACAUCGAAGUCAAGGCCGUCAGCCUCAACGCAAAGGACGUGUAUGCAAUCAACGGCCGCGUCGACACGCGGGACAAGACGAACGCGUUCGAUUUCGCUGGCGUCGUCAGAACUGUCGGGCCCGAGGUCCAGCACCUGCAGGUCGGCGACCGCGCCGUCGCCUACGCGCCGCACCACUUCGGGACUUCAGUGCGCGUGCCCGCCGGGUCGGCGCACAAGAUGCUGGACUCUGAGGAGUUCACCGUCGUGCCGACGUUGCUGCUCGUCUAUGGCACGGCGCUCUACGCCCUCAACGACCGCGCCCACCUGCGCGCCGGCGAGUCGAUCUUUAUCCACGCCGGCUCCGGCGGGCUGGGCAUCGCGGCCAUCACCCUGGCCCAACGCAUCGGCGCUACAGUCUAUACUACAGUCGGCUCCGAGGCCAAGCGCGAGUACCUGAUCCAGAAACUCGGGAUUAAGCCGUCACAUAUAUUCAGCUCGCGCGAUGCCUCGUUCGUGGAGGGCAUCAUGGAGGCCACGGGCGGGCGCGGUGUCGAUGUAGUUCUGAACUCGCUCGUCGGCGACCUGAUGCAUGAUAGCUGGCGGUGUCUAGCCGAUUUUGGACGCUUCAUUGAAGUCGGUAAACGCGAACUCAUCGACGCCGGCAAGCUCGACAUGCGUAUUUUCCUACGCAACGCCACCUUCUCGGCCUUUGACCUAUCGGAGCUGUUCUAUGCCACGGAUCCCUACAACCGCGCCAUCUGGGAUCGCCUGAUGGCUGAGACGCUCGAGCUGUACCGCGCCGGCGAGAUCCAGCCGCCGCCGAUCAAGGUGUUUGACGUUACGGAAGUAGCGCAGGCGUAUCGAUACUUUGCUAGCAAGGAAAGGGUGGGCAAGGUUGUCAUUUCCUUGAAGAACCCACAAGCCCGUGUCCCAGUCGCACCCGCAAGAUACCUCAGUGUAUUCAGCUCGGAGAAGGUGUACCUUCUUGUGGGAUGUCUCGGCGGUUUGGGCCGCAGCCUCAGCAGGUGGAUGAUGACCCGAGGAGCGCGCCACUUCGUCUUCCUCGGGAGAUCUGGCGCUGAUAAGCCCAGCGCGCAGCAGCUUGUGUCCCGCCUCGAGAAGGCCGGCGCGACUGUCGGUGUUGUGCGCGGUGAUGUGUCGCAGGCCACCGACGUGAACGCCGCUGUGGCGGCCUGUGUUGCGACGGGCCGGCAGGUCGGUGGUGUCAUCCAGGCUGCCAUGGGCCUUCACGAGGCUCUCUUCACGCGCAUGACCAAUAAGGCCUGGCACACGGGCAUCGACCCCAAGUGGCAAGGCACCUGGAACCUACACAACGCGCUGGCGCUCGAUGGCCAGGAUGCCGGGCUUGACUUCUUCCUCAUGACGUCGUCGGUCUCGGGCACGGUCGGCACCGCGACCGAGAGCAACUACUGCUCGGCCAACGGCUUCCUCGACGCCUUCGCGCGAUGGCGUCGUUCCCAGGGCAAGCCCGCCGUCUCGGUCGGCCUUGGUAUGAUCUCCGAGGUUGGCUACCUGCACGAGAACCCCAACAUCGAGGCGCUGCUGCUGCGCAAGGGCAUUCAACCGCUCAACGAAGACGAGAUGCUGCAGGUUAUCGACCUCGCGCUCGCCAGUGAGGCUGCUCACGACCCCAAGGAGGCGCACCUGCUCACCGGCCUGGAGCCCGCCGGGAUCCGCGAGCUGAGCGCACAGGGCUUCGACGUGAGCACCCACGGCGUCCUGACCGAGGGGCGCGCUGCCGUGCUGCUGGCCUCGCUGCAGGCCGCCGAGGAGUCGCGCGGAGCUAGAGUAGGAAAUGCCGGCGCCAGGCAGGGUGCCAUCGUCGCAGCCGCGCCUUGGUUCAAGGAGCUCCCGGCUGGCUUGACGGGCACGUUCGCGCCCGAGGCUGAUGCCGAGUCCUUGCAGGCGGCAAUUCUGCGACUGGUCAAGAGGCGCUUCUCCAGCUUGAUCCUGAUGCCAUUCGACCAGCUCGACGACCGCAAGCCGAUGCCCGACUUCGGUGUCGACAGUAUGAUUGCUUCCGAGUUCCGCUCCUGGUUCUGGUCUGCAUUCCGGGUUGACGUGCCAUUCCUCGACAUAAUGAGUGCGCAGAAGUCGUUGAUUAGUCUAGUUGAUUCUGUUGAGGGAAAAAUUACCGCGAGUUGA